AAGAAUUUGUCUGUAUCUUUCUGGAAUUCCUAUUGGAUGCUGCCCUCUGAUGUUUGUGGAAUGAACUGCUUUUGGGAAGCUGCUUUUAGAUAUGAUUAUAUGAAAACACAUCCGUCUGAGAAAAUGCAUCUAGCAGUGGUUGCCUGUGGUGAGAGACUGGAGGAGACUGUUACUAUGUUGAGAUCAGCCAUUAUUUUCAGCAUCAGACCUCUCCAGUUUCAUAUUUUUGCUGAGGACCAGUUGCAUGAGAGUUUCAAAAACAUACUUGAUGACUUCCCCUAUGAAGGAAAAGUUAAUUACACAUUAUAUCCAAUAACAUUUCCAAAUGAGAGUGCAGCAGAAUGGAAGAAAUUGUUUAAACCAUGUGCUUCACAAAGGCUGUUCUUGCCGUUAAUCCUCAAAAAUGUGGAUUCACUACUGUAUGUUGAUACCGACAUCCUGUUUUUGAGACCUGUUGAUGAUAUUUGGUCUUUUCUGGGAAAGUUCAACUCCACACAAAUUGCUGCAAUGGCACCGGAGCAUGAAGAGCCUCGUAUCGGAUGGUAUAAUCGUUUUGCUAGACAUCCCUAUUAUGGAGUAACUGGAAUAAAUUCUGGAGUCAUGUUAAUGAAUAUGACACGUAUCAGAAGAAAGUACUUCAAGAAUGAUAUGACACCAGUCCGGUUACAGUGGGGAGAAAUUCUUAUGCCACUGCUGAAGAAGUACAAGUUGAACAUAACAUGGGGUGAUCAGGAUCUAUUGAACAUUAUGUUUUUUCACAAUCCAGAAAGUCUUUAUGUCUUUCCUUGCCAAUGGAAUUAUCGACCUGACCACUGCAUCUAUGGAAGCAAUUGUAAGGAAGCUGAAGAAGAAGGUAUAUUUAUUCUUCAUGGAAACAGAGGUGUUUACCACGAUGAUAAACAACCAACUUUUAGGGCUGUCUAUGAUGCAAUAAAAAAUUAUUCAUUUGGAGAUGACCUCUUUCAUUCCCUGUUGCAGCCCCUAGAACUGGAAUUACAGAAAACCAUGCAUACAUACUGUGGAAGAGUAUACAAAGUGUUUGUAAAGCAGCUAACAAAAAGCAUAAGAGACUUGUAUGCCAGAAGAUCAAAAGGAAGGUGAUUUUUACUCCAAGCUGUUAAAUCAAGAGACUGAAUUAACAUACUGGUCAAAACGUGCAAAAAAUCUAAUAUGGCUUGAAUCUGCUCUUAAUGUGCCUAGAUAAAAGUUUACUAGCAUACAUAAAAAUGAAGAAAAUAUUCAUGUAAUGAAGAACAGGAACUUUUUUCUGCAAAGGUGACUUUUUGUUCUUUUGAAGUUUAAUCACUGCUAAUGUUUAUCUUGGAUCCGAUGAUUUGGGUGUUACUGGCUUCUGUGGUUUAAUCAGCAUAAUUCAGUUAUCUAAUGAUCAAAUGAACAAGGAAGAAAUGAAGAUGGCUCUAUUUGGGAUUGUACCUCAUAUGUUGUCUA